CUUUUGUCAACAAUUAUUCAACUCAUAAAUGUCAGUUGAGUUUCUCAGGUUGUUUAAUUGUUGUUAAUUUUGAAAUUGAGGGUUUAAUUAAAGUUAAUUUUAUCAAUCAUGACGUCCGAAGGUAAAAUGUCAAUAAAUAUUGAAAACGUCCUAAGGCCAAUGGCUAAAGAUGAAUGUGCCAAUUUGUACAACGAAUGGAGUGAUAAAUAUGAUUCGGAUAUGAAUGUUUGGCAAUACGAUGCCCCACAAGGAACUGCUACUCGAUUUACUGAAUUAAAUUUACCAAAGGAAAGUAAAAUUCUUGAUUGUGGAGCUGGAACUGGAUUAUUGUCCCACUUUCUAAAGCCUUUCGGUUACACAAACAUCGACGCUCUUGAUGGGUGUGAAAAGAUGCUCGAAAAGGCCAAACAGAAAGAUUUGUACAGAAAUUAUUUCAUCUCAUUUGUUGGACCUGAUAUUACACUUCCAAUGGAAGAGGCUACUUAUGAUGCUAUUGUUAUGUGCGGGAUUUUUACUCCAGGUCACUUUCCUAUCGCUUAUGGGACAUUUGUCCAGCUUUUGAGAGUCAUCAAAAAAGGCGGUAUUUUAUCAUGGGGAAUGACAGAUCCUGAUCACUAUGCUGAUAUUGAUCCUGAUUAUGCGAAUAAAAACUUUCAGAAUAUUCUUCAUCAAUUGACUGAAAACAAAUUGAUCGAAACGGUUACUGGACAUCCGAAAGAACUGCCCUCUGUCCAGCCAAAGGAAAGAUUUUUCUAUGCUGUUCGAAAACUCUGAACUCGAUAUUAAUUGUGAUUUGACUUUCAUUUCUUGAUGAUUCAGAUCAACUGUUUGUCUUUGCCAAAGUCAAUUUACAGUUAUUAACACAUCAAUAGUGUUAUUUAAUUAUCUCUUAUAUUAAAGACACAUCAUCAUAAUCAAUCUAAACAAUUAAACAACAAUUAAUUUUGUCAAUGUGGAAAUACUAGAUGAUUGAAGAUGGGAAACAAUUAAUUGUCUACAAAUAAAUUGUCAUUGAUUGAA